AUGGCAUCCCACAACCAACAGCAACAGCGGACCCCGACCGCCUCGGAGCUGCACCACGCGCUCCUCCGGCCCGCGAUCCUGCAGAUACUGCGCGCGCAGGGCUACUACUCGUCGACGCCGGGCGUGGUGGACUGCGUGACGGAGCUGGCGGGCAACUACCUCUCGGCCAUCGCGCGCCAGACGGCCCUGCACGCCGCCGCCAACAACGAGCUGACGGCGACCCCCGGCGUGGCCGACGUGCGCAUGGCCCUCGAGGACUGCGGCGCCCUGUGGCCUGAGCGCGACUUCGUCGCCCAGGAGCUGAGCGGCGAGGAGGACACACGCGGCGUCGACGAGUUCGUGCGCUGGGUCACGGGCAAGAAGAACCAGCGCAUCCGCAAAAUCGCCGGCCUGGGCGCGCCGCAGGUCGUCGCCGCCGAGGAGGGUGUUGUCGAGGAGGAGCGGCCGACGGACUAUUUGGAUGCUCUCAAGAGAAAACACAACAAGACAGACGUGGACUCGAGAUACGCCGGCACCAUCCUGGGGAGGGGCAUCGACCACGGCGAAGUCCUCGUGGAAGGUGGCAACGAGAGCAGCCUCUUGGACUGGGCGCGGAAGAUGUUCGAGGCGUCGCAGAGACCGCCGGAACCCGAAGUCGACCUCGAUCCUCGGCCCCCUAGCUCGGGGUUGAGCUCUCUGACGGACGGCGAUGUAGAGAUGAUGGAUUUCGAUUGA